AUGGAACAAAAUAUCACACAGUACACCAAUAUGAGCAAUAAGGCAACAUCACCCUUCUCUAAACCGUGGAGUGAGCAGGCAUUGCUUGUGCAAGUACUGGUGGGAAUUUUCCUCUACGUGAACUGCCUCAUGAUAUGCACCUUCUUCAAAAAGGAGGCCUUUCGAACCGACACUCGCUACAUUUUGUUUGCACAGACACUGUUCAUGGACUCUGCCCUCAUGGUGUUUACGGACUUGGCUCUGAUUGGGAGUUACUUCCAGAUUCCAGUCCCCUGUAUUCCCUGUGUGAUAAUGUGCACCAUCAUGGCUUGGCUCACUAUCAGCACACCACUGACCCUGGUGGCAAUGUGCCUGGAACGCUAUGUGGCCAUCUGCAUGCCUCUGAGACACGCCAGCAUCUCCACCACUAGAACCAGGCUGCUAGGCCUUGUCCUCAUCUGGUGUUUCUCAUCAAUACCUGCUCUGAUAGUUUUCUUUAUAUUUACCUCCUCUGUUCCUCUCAGUUUUUUUUCUACAUACCUGAUCUGCACCGUGGAGAUGAUGAUCGUUCACAAUUGGCAGGCACAGAUCAGAGCUGCAUUAUUUCAGUUUUACUUCGUAAUCAUGUCUAUUGCCAUAGGCUUUACCUAUGUAAAAAUCACGGCAGCUGCCAGAGCGGCCUCAGACAACAAGAAAUCUGCCUCCAAGGGUCUCAGGACUGUGGUUCUUCAUGCCUUUCAGUUGCUUCUCUGUUUGAUUCAACUGCUGUGCCCUUAUGUAGAGAUGGCUGUUAUGAAGAUUGAUAUUAAGCUUUUUAUUAAUGUGAGGUACUUCAAUUUUGUUGUGUUCAUGUUAGCAUCCCGUUGUCUGAGCCCACUGAUUUAUGGUUUAAGGGAUGAAAAGUUUUUCCUGGUUUUGCGAUACUAUGCGGUCUUUGGCCUGAAUAUAAAGGACUUAUAUUUGUGCAGGUUUUGUCCACAUUAUUUUAAACAUGGAAAAACUGGGCCCCUGGGCAGUUCAAUAAAAACCAUUGGGUGA